AUGAGUCCAAGCUCUCACCUCACCAAUCUGUGUCGCACUCGCUCUUCCUUCUUUUUCCCAGCGAGCGAUUCUGCCAGGAACGGGCAGCUGCAGCAACAGCAACAGCAACAGCAGCAGCAACAGCAACAGCAGCAGCAACAGCAACAGCAGCAGCAACAGCAACAGCAAGGGUGCAGCCAGCAGGCAGGGAUCGGCAGCCAAUCGGUCGCACAGUCCCCAGUGGCUGUGUGUGGAGGUGUGUGGCUGCUGCACCUGCCAUUGGCUCUACGCGCAGCCUGCGUAGCCCACAUCCAACCAACUCUAUUUUGA